AUGGAGGUGGUGGAGAUGGAGGAGGCAGGCGGCAUAGAGGUGGUGGUGGUUAUGGAGGAGGCGACGACGGAGGUGGUGGCAGUGGCAGAAGUGAAGGUGGGGUUGGUGAAGAUGGAGACUGCUGAUGCCACUAGUGUCUCACAGGGUAGGAAUGUUGAGAAGCAAUGUAUUACAAAUUUUAGUAAAGAUAUUGUUGUCCUACCCUCUCAGUGUGAUGAUCAGAAUUGGCCAUUUGCUAAGACCAACUACUCUCUGUGGAACUCCCUCGAAAGUGAAGAGGCGUUUCGUCUGGUGCCACAGACUCCACACUUUCAGUCUUUGUUCUCACAAAGAGAGAGUUCUCGUGAAGGUGCUGCAAUAGCUUCAAUGGUUAACUUCUCCAAUGUGUUUAAAAUGGCAUCCAACUUGCAACCUGAUUGCCCUAGAAACACUAUAGAGGAUGCUCUGGAAACUCUUCUUGAUCUGGAAAAUGAUGGGUUUAUGGUCAAUGUGGUACGGGAUCGUUUCUUGCAGUUGCUAUCAGCCAAGGACAAGGUUGAAGGAUUUGUGGCCAAGGCAAAGGAAACUACCGAUCAAAUCGAGGAAAUAGACCAUGAUCAGUCAAUGAUCGACUUAAACAUUAAAGAUAUACAGAAUCGCAUACGUUUGCUGCAAGAAGAGUGUGCCUUGGCUUUGUCAAAAAAGGCAGAACAAUAUUCAACGAUUGCUCAUUUGAAAUCAAAAGUCAGUGGCCUUAAUGAUAGCAUCAGGAAUGCUGAACUUGAGUUUACUGCCCUGGUAGCUACCCCUUGGCAAGUGUGAUGAUAUUUCACUAUUUUAGUGACUUGUAGAAAGUAGGCAAGUUCAAAUGGAAUUUCAUAAGACCUACGUGUCAUUCCAUAAACAGGAUGAAAAUCCAAAAUGAUGACAGCUGGUUAAUAUGGUACUUUAGUCUCUCCCAGUGACCUAUGGGCUCCGGAUCUCACUUGGUGUUUUUUUUCUUUCUUUUUUCCGGUUCUCAUUGUAUGCUCUUAUCCUUGGCUUAUCUCUUCCUUAUCUUUUAGUUUGUCGUGGUGACUUCAGUAGAUAAAGACUAUAAGCCUGUACUGUUAUUUAAGAAUGUGCCUUGUUUACAAAAAAAAUAUGUACAAG